AUGGCGCAGCCGCACCCCGCCGGACACCUGCGGAGGGCUGCUCACCGCCGGGAUUGGGCUCAGAUACAGCUGCAGAAGAUGUCCCCUCAGGAGCUUGCUGCGCUGAUCUGCAAAGAAGGGGAUCAGCAUCUCUCCCAGCAGGAGUUACCAGUAGCCACUGCUUUCUACAUGGCUGCCUUCAGCUGCAGCGCCCCUACAGCAGUGCAGAAAGUGAACUCCUUGGACAGAGGGCUCUGGGAGAAGGUGACAGCCACUCUGGAGACAUGGUGCAAAGGCGAGAGUCAGAUCCCCAAGAUCCAGAGCAAGAACUUGGCUGUUGUCUCCCUCAGUGUGGGAAUAGCUGCAAUCUUCCUCUCCACCCUAAGUCCCAACAAUGUGGUGUCCUCAGUAUAUAAACUGGAGGCCCUGCUCAGGCAAGGAUGCUCAGAGGAGGUGGUGAAUAAGUGCAAUGCCCUGCUCAAGGCUAACCCAAAGUACUCCAUGGAACUGCUGCUGCUGAGGGCGUUGGCGUGUGUGCUGUCAGGGACACAGGCCAGGCAGGGAGUUGCAGACUACAUCCAAGCCUUUGUGAAGCAUGGGGCUGAGGCAGUGGUCUAUGUGUGCACUAGGCAGAAGGAGCACCUGCCACAGGUCCUCCUGGCCUUCUCUAAUUAUCUCUCUACAGACCAGAAAGAAAGCCCAGACGGCAGUUCCUUGGAGCAGUGGCUGGGAAACUGCUAUAACUUCCUGUCUGCAGUGGCCCCGGAUGAUGUCUGUGUUUGCAGGGUGCUGGCAGCUUACCUCUUGAAGAAGAACAAAUUUGAGGAGUGUGUGGCAGCUUGCAGCAAGGCCCUCAAGAUCUUCUCAGCUGCCAAUAACAUCAGAGAUGAGAAAGCUGUGGGGCUGCUCUUGGAACGGGCUGCUGCCUAUUUCUCUUUGGGGGGCCGGACUCAGGAAAUGCUGCAGGAUUUAGCAGAAGCCUUUGCAGCAAGCCCUGCCCAGGCAAUGAAACACUUUGAAGAGCUCUUCUCAGCACAUGACAGCAAGAGGAUAGCAGAGCAGGCCAGAGCUGUGCUGGAGGUGAGGUUUGCGGCGUACCGGGAGGCUGUGCGCACUCGGACCGACCUCAGAGGCAGCCACGGUAGGGAGCUGCUGCCCUCCGUCAUGCAGACAGUUCAGCUCCUCCUGCAGAUCUGCCCAGAGUCCAAGCGGGAGCUCAGCGUCCGGCUGGCAGACUGCCACCUCCUGCACGGCCACGUCCAGGCUGCCCUGGACAUCUGUGACCGACUCCUGGCAGCAGAGCAGAAAACUUACUACAAUACUCUCUUAGCGCUGCGAGGGUUCUGCUCCCUCCACACCCACGACCAUCAGCAAGCCCUGCAGGACUUUCAGAAGCUUGCCAGCUAA